AUGAGCAAUCCAACUUUGGACCAGCUCGAAGAUGCCCAUAAGAAGGGUAUUGUACUUGGCCUUGCUGGCUUCGGUGUAGGACAGCGCCUUGACAUCGAUGUCAUGCUGACCGAGCAGCCUGAUACCUUCAAUCUUUAUCUUAUCGCCUUGAUGGAACUCGAAGGGAUGAAGGAUCUGCCUUGGCCGACUCCCGAAGGCUUUUCCUUCCAAACCAUCUUCCGUCAGGUUGCCAAUGUUGCCAAACGAUUUUCCGAGUCGAACAUCCCGGAUGAACAGAAGAAGAAGUAUCUCGAUGCUGCUAAGCAAUUUCGUCUUCCGUACUGGGACUACUAUCGCCCCCGAGCAUACACCAAGCCGACCUUCCCAGGUAUCACCAACCCCAACGACGGCACCACAACAGGGCCAUUGGACUGGGGUGCUCCGCAGAUCUUCACACUACCCGAGGUCAUGGUCAGGCGUCUCCCAGAUAACAAACUCAUUCCCAUGGCAAACCCCUUCUUCCAGUUUGCGUUCAGCCCUGAACAACUCAACAAGAUAAAGCUUGACCAGGACCCGAAGAAAAGAAUUCCGACAGAAUUAGAGAACAAAUUACAGACAAUCCGGCAUGGAGGGUCCGAUGCAGACGCUACGGCAAGCCUCAAUGAUGACCUGAAUCAAGAACGCGAAAACCGGAUUCGCCUCUGCCUCGCCUUGAUCGAAGACGAGGUUUACAGAAACUUCAGAACGUUUUGUACCAACGCGGUCUUUCCUAAGCCCAAUGAGGAACCAAAAGCAACACUUGAAAGACCUUCUGGCUCCAUCGAAGAUCUCCACAAUUCUUAUCAUAUGAUAAUCGGUGGUGAUACAGGACAUAUGAACGAUCCCUCAACGGCGGCUUUCGACCCGAUCUUCUGGAUGCAUCACGCCCAAAUUGACAGACUGUUCGCGAUCUGGCAGGCUGCCAACGGUGAUGAGCACUGGUUCAAUGAGCUCCGAAAGGAGGACCAAGGAAAGGGCACGCUCAACCUGAUGCCGUUCCGCAAGUCGAUUUCGGAGAACAAGGCAAAGACUUACUGGAACUCCGACAUGUCCAGGAGGACUACAGACUUUGGCUACACGUAUCCGGACUUGGCGGGUGGUCAGACAGGAGAUACGGUUCGUAAGGAGUUCAGGGAAAAGUAUGAAUGGAGCCGACGUACUACCGCUAGGCCUGUGUUCGGCACACCACCCGAUAACAUGAAGCCUAUACAGGUCGGCAAGGCCCAGGUCUUCCAGUACACUUCUGACACCUCGUCUGGAGAUCUCUUGAAGCAUCCCGGUGUGCCCAUGCAAGAGAUGCAGCAACAGACUGUGAUGGCCGCCAUGUCAUCCAGCCCGCAGUAUGCAGAUGAUUGGUAUAUCGACGUUGUCGUCGAGAGAAUGCUCGCUAAUGGGUCUUACACCAUCUACUACAUCAUCGGUGACGUUGAAGGACAGACCGGCCAGGAGUGGUCGCGUCUCCCUGGCUUUGCGGGAUUGUCCCAUAUCUUAGCUGCCCCUGCCAGCGUCUGCGAGAACUGUGCCAGUCAGGAAGAGCAAGCGCAGCUUGUCACCAGUACAACUGCGAUCACUUCGCUGCUUCUCGACUACGUCCAGAUCGGAAAGCUGGAAAACAUGGAAGAAGACAGCGUUAAGAAGUUCCUUAUCAACAACUUGAAGUGGCGAGCCCAGACUAUAGCUGGUGAGGUCCUUAACCCCAGGGAUAUGGACAGGAACCACACUUUCAACCUCAGCAUUAGUCGCAAGCGAACUCCAGUGCCACGCAGCGCAGGUGAUGUGCAGUAUGAUACUUACCCUGAGGUCAUCGAGGCUAUUAUCCGGAAUUCUUCUUAG